AUGGAGGUAAUAACAAGGCAAUUUUAAACUUUUCACUUUCAGGUUUUGAUAACAGUUCGCUACCAGGAGUUGAAGAUUUUCUGAAGCCCUUGGUUCCGGGUUCUCAUCUCCCCAACCCGUGGAACCACUGUAUCUCUCUUUUGCAAAACGAUGAGAAGAUAGACCUCCUUCGAGAAGUGUCGCCGACAGUUGCUGUAGUUGUUGAUAACCGAAAUCAGAGACGGCGGGUGGCCAGAAAAAAGAUGAAAGAGCAUCAGAAGAUGAGAAGUUAGAAGCGAUUCUGAAACGGCGUCACGACCUUGGCAUGCCAGUCUCGUUGCUUCCUCCUUGCUAUUUCGUAGCUAGCCCGUCGCUCGUCUCUGUCUCUUCCAUAUACCCUCGACGCCUCUCACCUUUGCCAAAUCGCCCGCCUACCUGCCGUAUAAAAGACGGCCGCCGAGGGCAGGAAGCAGGUGGGCAAUCUCAUCAAACCGAAUACGGUAAGCAUUUUUCGGUAUCUUCCCUUCCCUUGUUUUCUCUCUUGUUGUCUUGGUCGGGUAUUACCUGUCUGAUCUGAUAACAUUCUUUACUGUGGCCUGUAGAGAGGUUUUCCUGUAACUUGUACCUAUGAUCUUUUUUUCAGAUGACUGACGAGAAACAACUCGAAAUUGAGGCUAGCUCCCUCCGCCGUGUGGCCCUCGUUGGAGUCGCCGUCUCCUUCACCGCCACCCUCGUGUGCGUGAUUGCCGCCCCGAUGCUCUACAACUACAUGCAGCACAUGCAGUCGGUUAUGCAGUCCGAGGUCGAUUUCUGCCGUUCCCGCUCCGGAAACAUCUGGAGAGAGGUGACCCGCACUCAGGUGCUCGCCAAGGUCUCCGGAGGAGCCGUCCGUUCCCGCCGUCAAGCUGGAUACGAGAGCGCCGGAGUCGAGGGAUCUUUCUCGACCGGACACCAGGGAGGAUGCUGCGGAUGCGGAGUCUCUGCUGCUGGACCACCAGGAGCCCCAGGAUCUGACGGAGAGGAUGGAGCCGAUGGACAGCCAGGAGCCCCAGGAAACGACGGACCAGACGGACCAGCCGCCACCCCUGCCCCACAACACGAGUUCUGCUUCGACUGCCCAGCAGGACCACCAGGACCAGCAGGACCAGCAGGACCAAAGGGACCAAGCGGAAACCCAGGAUCCGACGGACAGCCAGGAGCCCCAGGAAACAACGGAAGCGCCGGAGGACCAGGAGCCCCAGGAAACGCUGGAGCCGACGGACACCCAGGAAACGCCGGAGCUUCCGGAGCCCCAGGAAAGGUCGUCGAGGUUCCAGGCCCAGCCGGAGCCCCAGGAGCCCCAGGACCAGACGGACCAGCUGGACCAGCCGGAGGACCAGGAGCCCCAGGACAGCCAGGAUCCCAGGGACCACAAGGACCAGCCGGAGACAACGGAGCCGCCGGAGCCCCAGGACAGCCAGGAGCCAACGGAGACAACGGAGCCGACGGAGAGACCGGAGCCCCAGGAGGUUGCGACCACUGCCCACCACCAAGAACCGCCCCAGGAUAUUAA